CUGCUGGCACGGGAGGUGUUUGCAGUGCUGAGGCCAGGGUGGCUGUGGGGUGCAGAUCCGUUGGCAAAAGGGUUGCAGGUGGGUGCCCGAGCGGCUGCGUUGGCACCUUGCAGCCCACCCAAAACACUGACAUUGUCCUUGGCUGCGUCCUUGGCAGGGAUGUGACAUCCACGCUGUGUCCAUAGCAAGCUCAAGUUCCUCGGGACUCAUGGCUGGAGUUACCAUCCCAACACUGUUGACAGUGUGUCCCAGGGUGGGCAGCAUGAGCUGGGCCAAUGUCCUCCACGGGCAGGGGGUGGUUUGCAUCACACAGACCUUUGCUCUGUCCUUUGCUGUGUUUGUUUGCACUCUCAGGCUGUGUCCAAAAAACAUCUCACAACUAGAAACCCCUUAACUUUCCUCCCUUUGCCAGUCAGAGCCACCCUGCCAGCUGCAUGAGCGCACUGUGGGGUGGCGAGUCCCUGCUCGGCACAGCGGUGCUGCUCCCUCCUGCUUGGGCACUGAGCACGGGUGAGCGCAGAUCUCAGAAUGAUUGGUGCUAACAGGUUUCCAAAUUUGCCGUUGCUUUUCUGGGAGCGGUGCAGCGUGCUCGUGGGGAGCUGUCAAGUGCCAACGCAGGUUCCUGCGAGCGGGGUUUGCCAUCCUGUGCCUGGUGGCAGCUGGUGCUGCGUGAGGCGCGGCAGGAGCAGCCGUGCUGUGGUUCCCACAGGGAGCUGAGGGUUUUCUGGAGGUUCUAGCAUGAAGCUCGGCUAGCAGCAAAAUGACCUUAUGGGGGCAAGAUGCCCGUGGGGUUGGACACUCGCUAGCUGAGAGCUGAAGUCCCCAGCCUGUGCCCAGGAGAGCAGGAUGCGGGUCACCAUGCGGAGGGUGCUGCUGGUGCUGGGCUCGGUGGCCGCCCUGAUGGUGACUCUGCACCUCGCCCAUCAGGUUCUGGAGUGCCAGCAGGUCCUGAGCGAGAGGAGGCACAGGCUGAUGAGACCCGAGAACGAGGAGCUGGUCAUGAUGGACGCCAACCACGUCGAGUACCGUUACAGCAAGGACAUGCCCCUGAUCUUCAUCGGGGGGGUCCCACGCAGCGGCACCACGCUCAUGAGGGCCAUGCUGGACGCCCACCCCGAGGUGCGCUGCGGGGAGGAGACCCGCAUCAUCCCCCGUGUGCUGGCCAUGCGCCAGGCCUGGUCCAAGUCCGGGAGGGAGAAGAUGCGCCUGGACGAGGCGGGGGUGACGGACCAAGUCCUGGAUGCCGCCAUGCAGGCCUUCAUCCUGGAAGUGAUUGCCAAGCACGGCGAGCCCGCCAGGUACUUGUGCAACAAGGACCCCUUCACGCUCAAGUCCUCUGUGUACCUGUCCAGGCUGUUCCCCAAUUCCAAAUUCCUCCUGAUGGUGCGGGACGGCCGUGCCUCAGUGCACUCCAUGAUCACGCGGAAAGUGACCAUCGCGGGCUUCGACCUGAACAGCUACCGGGACUGCCUGACCAAGUGGAACAAAGCCAUCGAGGUGAUGUACUCCCAGUGCCUGGAGGUCGGCCGGGCCCGCUGCCUGCCCGUCUACUACGAGCAGCUGGUGCUGCACCCCGAGCAAUCCAUGCACAACAUCAUGAAGUUCCUGGACAUCUCCUGGAGCGACACGGUGCUGCACCAUGAGGAGCUCAUCGGGAAGCCCGGCGGGGUGUCACUUUCCAAGAUAGAAAGAUCCACAGACCAGGUGAUCAAGCCGGUGAACAUGGAGGCGUUAUCUAAAUGGAUUGGGCACAUCCCGGGGGAUGUGCUGCAGGACAUGGCCCACAUCGCCCCGAUGCUCGCCAGGCUGGGCUACGACCCCUACGCCAACCCCCCCAACUACGGCCAUCCCGACCCCCUGGUUGUCAACAACACGCACAGGGUUUUAAAGGGGGAUUAUAAAACACCGGCCAAUCUGAAAGGUCACCUGCAGGUCACUCAGAACACGUCAUCCUCUCACUAAGAAAAUUAAUGAUUUCCAGGGACUUUAAACCAUCCGUUGGUCACCGCUGUGCUGAUGUGUGGGAUCCUGCUCCUGAGGGGAUCCUGUUCCCGAGGAGAUCCUGCCCCCAAGGGGAUCCUGCCCUCUGUUCUCCCUGUGUUUCUCUCUUCCAGAACGUUGCAAAUGGCCUUUUGUUGCCCAAGAAGGAAGAGUUUGCACUGGCCCGUGGAAAUCGGUUCUCCAAGCAUAUUGCUUGCUCCUACUGUUGCCAAAUGACUGCGCUCCAGGAAUGUAUUUGCAUUUAUUUGCAAAGGCCAAACAUGCUCCACGGCGGGAACGUCCUCGGCCUCUCCCAGCGCUCCGUGGGGAAAGCAGCUGUGGGAAUCCAGGCUUGGGGACGGCGGGAGGACGUUCCAUGUGUGCCGUGGCCAGAGGACUCGUCACAUCUCGUGUCAGUGUCUUGUGAUGCCGUUCCCUGUUCCUGGGAACAGCGCUCCCAGCACUGCUGUUCUGUAUUCCUGGGGUCAGGAACAGCCACCCUGGUCCUGCUGUUCUGUAUUCCUUGGAUUGGGAACAGCCACCCUGGGCCUGCUGUUCCCUAUUCCCAAGGUGAGGAACAGCCCUCCUGGCCCUGCUGUUCUGUAUUCCUGGGCUUGGGAACGGCUAUCUUGGCCUCGCUGUUCCCUAAUUCCAGGGUUGUGAACAGUCAUCCUGGGCCUGCUGUUCCUUAUUCCCACGGUUGGGAUCAGCCAUCCUGGUCCUGCCAUUCCCUGUUCCCAGGGUCAGGAACAGCCGCCCUGUCCCUGCUGUUCCCAAUUCCCGGGGUCAGGAAUAGCCCCCUGGCCCCGCAGAGCCUUUGUGGUGCGCGUGCCCCCCUCCUCACACCCCUUCCCUGACCCUGCAGAGGCUAUUGCAGAGUUAAUAUAUGGCCCCCGUCCCCCCCGGUGUCGGACACCAUUAAAGUGUUGGUUUGAUAUUUAA